AUGGAUAACAGGACAGAAGUGAUGCAGUUCAUCUUGCUGGGACUAACCAGUGACCCAGAACUGCAGAUUCCCCUCUUUAUCGUGUUCACCCUCAUCUACCUCAUCACUCUGGUUGGAAACCUGGGGAUAAUAGUGUUGAUUCUGUUGGACUCUCGUCUCCACACUCCCAUGUACUUUUUCCUCAGUAACCUGUCUCUGGUGGACCUUUGUUGCUCUACAGCUGUCACUCCCAAGGUCAUGGCUGGAUUACUUAUAAGAGACAAGGUCAUCUCCUACAAUGCAUGUGCUGCUCAGAUGUUCUUUUUUGCAGCCUUUGCCACUGUGGAGAGUUACCUGUUGGCUUCAAUGGCCUAUGACCGCUAUGCAGCAGUGUGCAAACCCCUCCAUUACACCACCACCAUGACGACAGGUGUGUGUGCACGUCUGGCCAUAGGUUCCUACACCUGUGGUUUCCUGAAUGCCUCUAUCCACAUUGGAGACACGUUCAGACUCUCCUUUUGUAUGUCCAAUGUGAUUCAUCAUUUCUUCUGUGAUGUGCCUGCAGUCAUGGUUCUUUCUUGCUCUGAUAGACGUGUCAGUGAGCUGGUUCUUGUUUACGUAGUGAGCUUCAACAGCUUUUUUGCUCUCAUGGUCAUCUUGAUUUCCUACAUAUUCAUAUUUAUCACCAUCCUAAAGAUGCACUCAUCUACAGGAUAUCAGAAGGCUUUCUCUACCUGUGCUUCUCACCUCUCUGCAGUCUCCAUCUUCUAUGGGACACUCAUUUUUAUGUACUUACAGCCCAGUUCCAGCCAUUCCAUGGACACAGACAAAAUGGCAUCUGUGUUCUACACCAUGGUCAUCCCCAUGCUGAACCCUGUGGUCUAUAGCCUGAGGAACAAAGAGGUUAAGAGUGCACUCAUGAAGGUCGUUUCAGAGGCAAAAUUAUCUUUAAGAUUGUGA